AUGCUCAAGCAGCGGCACAACAUCGCGGCCACCGGCCACCCCUGGGAGUCGGACGAGGACACCGCGGUGAUGGUGGAGCGGCUGAGGCAAGGGGUCUCGCAGGCCCUCGUGCUCGAUAAGUCCAUUGUCGAGUUCCUGGCAGGCACGGAUGAGAGCUGCACUUUAUUUGUGAUUGGGGACACCUUUGAGACCUUCUCCCUGGCGCUGGCCUUCCCUAGCAGCUUUCCAGACGCCACCAUAACGGCGCUCAACGAGGCCAUCGUGCGGCUGCAGACGCAGCAGGGGGCGCUGGACAUGCUGGAGAACACGUACAUCAAGACGGGCGGCACCGACAAGUGCUUCACCAGCAGCAGCGGCGGCGGCCACGGCUCUACCGGUUCCCAGAUCGAGUUCCGCCAGGUCUCAGGCCUCUGGUACAUCCUGUGCAUUGCGAUGGGCGUGUGUCUGCUGCUGCUGGCAGUCUACAACAUGCGCAAGAACCCGGAAGCCUUCAUGAAGGUCAAGCGAUUCGCUCGCUGCAUCACUGGCUGCAACGGUAGCGCACGCGUUGCUGAUGCAAGCGCCGUCCAAGGCGCCCACAGUGCCCAUGAUCCCCCGCCCCGCCUGGUGGUGGGCUCCGGCACCUCCACCCCCACGCGCCGAAGCGCCAACGGCACCGGCGCACCUGAGAGCGCGGGCGACGGCAGUGGCAGCCACGCAGCGGUGCGGGCUGACCGUGCAUGGGGCGGCGGCCCGCAGCCGCAAGACGAGAUCGGCCCUGCUGCGGGCGCCGGCGCCUGGCCGCGGCACCUGGUGUUUGCAGAGGGGACGGCUGACCCCCACAGCCGCUUGCAGCCGCGGGCACAGCCUGAGAUUGGACGGGCCCCCCUGGACGGGCCGCCGAUGAGGCGGGAAAGCGGCGACGGGGACGUGUUGGUGCUGAGCCGCGAGUCCACGCUCGGCAGGUCGGCGGCGCCGACGCCCAACGGCCGCAGCAACGGCAAUGGAGCCGUUGGGUGA